CUGCGACCGGUCAGGCCGAGCAUCGCCCCGUCACCAGGCAGCAGCCACGCCCACAGCCGCGAGACGCUCGCGACGCCCACGGCCCUCCGCCCGCCCUCUCCACAUAAACAAGCACCGCCGGGCCGCCGCCGCAACCGCAGACUGCUCCAGGCCCCCACGACGCCGCACGGCCAUGUCUCCGCAAAUCCCCAGCCCGGACUUCACGAAGCUGCCCACGGAUCUCAAGACGCUGGUGGUCGACCACAUCACCCGUCCCACCGACCUCCAGAGUCUGUGUCUCACAUCCAAGCAGCUGCGCGACAUCACCGUCCGCCGCCUCUACCGCGACGUCACCAUCGAUGUCGGCUCCAGCAAGGACACGCGCCUCGGCGCCUUCCUCAACCCCAAGAACAUCGGCCUGCAGCACAUCCGCAAGCUCGAUCUGUACCUCACCGACGUGCUUGACAAGUGCAAUCAGAUCCACCAGGCCAACUUCGCCGUGCGCAUGAUCCUGGAGCUGCUCCCCGAAAACAUUCUCGACAAGUUCUCGUGGCACCCGUGGUCGCCCUUCUCCGCCGACAACCUGGUGCUGCUGUACAAGAAGCAGAAGCGCCUGAAGUGGGCGGAGAGCAUUGCCCUCGAUAGAAACGUCUUGGAAGAACUGCAGAAGAUACCCGGCCUCAACGAGCAGCUUACUAAUGUUCGCAAGAUUGGCCUUUACCCAGACUCUCGAGAGGUCCUCGACUACUGCCAUUUUCUUCUAAAACACACCUCCAAUCUCGACAAGAUCACCAUACAUGCGAGUUUCGAGGACAGCGAUGUGCCCAUACCAGACCGAGAAUUGAACGACUCGUCCACUGGGCCUGGCUUGAUCACCUCUACCAUGUUCAGCCAUAUGCAGCCUUUCUCCAAGUGCACCCCCCUCGCCCUCAAAGAGAUCACCCUGCAGAAGCUAGGCCUGCGCUAUGCCGCAGAUACGUACUGCAAAAUCAUCGACUUUCGCACCGUAAACAGCAUUAGGGUCUUUAGCUGUACUGGCACUGAUGCUCUUUUCGCCGAGCUGAGCAAGAGCACCAAGUUGCCACAAAAGUUGGAGACUCUCGAGGUCAAAUUCACCGACAACGGCGAAAACGAUGGGUUGGGAGCCCUGGACGGCUUUUUGUGCCUUGUAGCUGGUAUCAAAGUACUCACACUGGACUACUCAAAGGUGAACAGCUUACCCGCAUCGGCCGGUAUUGUGAGGCACGGAAAGUCUCUCAAGCAGCUCAGUGUACAUGCUUCGAGGGCGCCUGAUGAGUGCGAUGAUGAGCUGGUCUACGACUAUGCAUCCUUCUCAUCAAUCUGCAAAGACUGCACAUUACUUGAGCAGCUCUCAUUGGCGUUUCCACACGUGAGCGUCGUCCGCCCCAAGAGCGACAGCUUCAUCAACUUUGAAAACUGUCUCGGCGAUCUGCCCAGCCUUGUAACCCUCAACGUUACUACGUGGCCAACAACGCGGCCUGCAUCUAGUAAACUGCCCCGCAAGAUCUAUGAGCACCUCCUCGCUGGACUCGCCCAGCAAGCUUUUGAAAACGGCACUAGAUACGCCAAACUCCAAGACCGGAGCUCAAAGUUGGCUGUCAUUGCUUUUGGUGCAUCGGACCGCGUAUACGACCGCGAAGACAGCGAGAACCAGUUCAUCUUUGUAAAAGGACGACAGACAGAUCCACUGGGUAACGAAAGGAGCACAGCCGUGCAGAUUGGGUGGUGCCUGAGAAAGUUUGUGGACGCGGGUGUGAAGAGCGAUGUGCUUGAUUUUUCGUUGAGUCAUUCGAGUAGGCCACCGACAGAGGAUCCGCCAAGUAGCGAUGACUCUGAUUAGAGGUUAGCGCUGCCACAUCGGCGGCUUGUGGGAACAACGACGGACUUGCUGGAGUGGGCUCCAUUGAGUAAAGCUAGGGGAAGCGGUUGAGUUUCACGAUGAAGCAUUAUACCCAAGGGCUGUGUACUUGACGAAUGACUCGAAUGCGUUUUCUUACUUUGAGCACUGCCACGUAAUACGACUCGGUCGGCGCUACAUUG